UACCCCGGAAGUUUUGAAUCCUGUCUCUGAGUGACCACACCACACGAGCAGAUAGCGAAGAGGGUCUUCUGAGCCGUCGGUUUGUUUUUCAAACCUGAAAAAAGACGAAUAAUUAACAAGUUUACCUGCACAACAGUGCACCGGGGUGAAGCUCCCUCCGUUCCCGCCCACAGAGCAGCAGAUGUCCGGCUUCGAUCUGGUCCGAGUGGACGGUGGCGGUGGCGGUGGCGGGGAUCCCAUCCACCUGCCGCCGGGGGAGACGGUGCUGGGCAGGGGGCCCUUCCUGGCUGUCAGUGACAAGAGAGUGUCCCGCCUGCACGGGCUGCUGGAGAACCUGGACGGACAGCUGCGUCUCAAACCGACCCACCUGAACCCGUGCUUCGUUCAGUCGUCCCGGUCCGACAGCCCUCGCCCCCUGCAGAGAGACUCCUGGUACCCUCUUCACGAUGGAGACCUGUUCUCUCUGCUGCCGGGCCAGUUCAUCUUCCAGGUGGUGGCCGUGGGCGGAGAGGACCCCACUCCCAGAAACAGUCAGCUGCUUGAAGAAGAAGAAGAGGAAGGACUUCCCGUUUCUGCCGAGCCAGAAAUGGAACCCCCUCCUCGUGUCGGACCCACUCCACCUCGCAACGAGCCGGCACCAGCACCAGCAGCUCAGUCGGACCAGGAGGAAGCCGACAACGGACGUUUAAACGAGGCAGACUGUGCACAGCCAACGGAAGAGGAGGACAACCGAAGACCCGUCCCUCCGCCUGUAACCAAGAGGAGAGUUUUACCGGCGUGGAUGAUGACGGCGGUGGCACAUACACAGAGUCCCUCCUCCUCUUCCUCCAGUCCCAAAGUUCCACCAGCUGCUAAGCGAAGUAAAGCGCCGCCCGCCAGCGGUAAAGGAGCAGCAGCCAAACAGGCCACGCCCCCCAAAACCUCCUCACUGCAGGGGGCGGGGCUUAGCGAGGAGGAGGAGGAGGAGGAGGAGAGGCCAAAGAAGAGGCGGAGGAAGAGGAGCGAUGAGGAACAGACGGCAUCUCAGUCAAAAACAGAUCUUCCUCCCCAGCAGCCCUCGGUUCGUCUUCCGAGCGAAUCCAAGCGGUCGGAGAUGAGCGACGAGUCCGACGGCUUCCCCAUGGAGACGGACGAGGCCGAGGGAGGCGGAGAGACCUCCACAGCUGACGGAAACGCCGCGAAAAACUGCCGCCGGCAGACGAAACGAGCCGAGUCCGUGGCGGCGAACAGCGGACCGCGACUCAGAACGGCGUGUCCGUACGGGAAGAGCUGCUACAGGAAGAACCCGGUCCAUUUCCAGGAGUGCAGUCACCCCGGUGACACGGACUACGAGGAGGACGACGAGGAGGAGGAGGAAGAGGAAGAGGAGACGGGGGAGGCGGACCGACCCGAGUGUCCCUACGGCACCGACUGCUACAGGAAGAAUCCUCUUCACAGGAAGGAAUACAAACACACAAAGAAGCCAGCGCGCGCCGCACGCGGCGUCCCCAAGAAGGACGGCGUAGACGAGGACUCUGGGGACGACGACAGCUUCAUCGACGACAGCGAGGACGCGGGCGAUGACUCGGACUACCUUCCUCCCGUCUCCGACGACAGCGACAAGGAAGACGUCAAGGCACUGCAGAAGGAAGCAAAGGCCUUCAUGAAGAGAAAGUAGACCCAGAGAAAAGAAAGUUUUGAUUUUUCUUUUCGCUCUUUGUUUUGAAGCUGCAGAGACUCGACUGGAGAGGAGUCGACACUACUUGGUACUGCGUUGUUUCGGUCGAUACCUUAAAAUAUAUCGAGUACCGAUACACGGCCAUCGCCUCGAUACAGCAUCGUCACGUAGUCCUGGACGGCCGCUCAGGUGAAGAAUCUAUUUUUGACAUUUGAUGCUCACAAAGUGAUUUAUUUUCUCUUUUAAAUAUGAACCUAUACCCGAGAAAAAGCAUCAUUUUUCAGAGGGAUUGAAAGAAGUUGUGUGCUGUGCCUGUUGACGUCUGUGUCCUAAUUUGGAGAAAAAAACAACCCGAGCCAAUUAGAGCUUUUUUUUUAGCUGGAUAAAGACAGAAAUAGAUUAAAGAAAAGCUGCUUCUUUUGUUAACUGUAAAUGAAGUCAACGGGACAAACACAUCUCCUGCUACCGUCGCAGAAUAAAACCGCCCUCCCCAAACACAAAACUCUAACCCUAACACGACCUCAGGCUGAGUGGAAGAAGGGAAACUGAAAGGAAAGUCAGUCUCUCUGAGAGGCUGUAACUCCAAUCAGUGCAAGUCGUGAUUCUUUGUACUUUUCGUCCACCUGAUGUUGAUGUAAAAACUACUGAACUGCCUCUAAAAAAACAAAAAUA